CUCCCCGCCACCUUCGCGGCUCCGUUGCGCUCCUCGAAUGACGCCCGCGUCCUCCAACUGUUCAGCCUCCUCCCUUUCUGACCCUCGCUGCCAAGCCCUAAUUGCAGUGGAACAAGGGGAGGGGUCGCGGAGGAGCACGGGAGGGUUCGCCCCGCGCAGCGUCGGCACCCUCCUUUCCUGCGCUUCUUCCUCCCAUGGAAGGAUCACCCAAGCCCUAGAUCUUCUCGUCCCAAGAUGGCUCUGCAUCUUCCUCCGCUGCUACUCUUGCUGUUUCUGCGGCUCUCUGGUCUGGUCCACGGCACAACCGACCCGUCUGAUGUUUCUGCCUUGAAUGACCUGUAUAGAAGCUUAAAUUCUCCCUCCCAGUUGACGGGAUGGAGUUCCAGUGGUGGUGAUCCCUGUGGGAACGAUUGGAAAGGCAUCAAGUGCUCUGGCUCCUCCGUGACAGAAAUAAUACUCUCAGGUCUUGGAUUGACUGGUACAACUGGUUACCAACUGUCGAGCUUGACUUCAGUAACUUAUUUUGAUUUGAGCAAGAACAAUCUUCAUGGUGAUAUACCUUACCAACUUCCACCUAAUGCCAUUCAUAUAGAUCUUUCUGGAAAUGUACUUACUGGAGGGAUUUCUUAUUCAAUUUCUCAGAUGACUGAUCUUAACUAUUUAAAUCUCGCCAAUAACCAGCUCAGUGGACAGUUAACUGAUAUGUUCAGAAAACUUCCCAGUCUCUCAUUGCUGGAUCUCUCAUUCAACCACUUCUCAGGUACCCUGCCUCAGAGCUUUGGAUCUCUUUCAAGUCUCAAAACUUUACGUCUGCAGAACAAUCAAUUUAGUGGUUCACUUGGUGUUCUUGCCACUCUUUCUCUCGAUGAUUUGAAUGUUCAGAACAACCAGUUUACCGGUUGGAUUCCCAACAAAUUGAAAAGUAUAAAUGAUUUUAAAAUCGAUGGAAAUUCUUGGUCCUCUGGACCAGCACCUCCAGGCAUGUCUACAGCUGCAGACAGUAAUGGUGGAAGCUCAUCUAUGUACAACAAACAAACUGCAGGUCUGAAAGGUGCAGCCAUUGCUGUGAUAGUGAUCGCUGUCUUGGUUGUGAUUCUCAUCUUAAUGGCUUUUGCUAAGCGAAGAUCUUCAGUUUCAUCUUAUUAUAUGGAGGAACAAUUUAGCCAGAAUAGAUCAUUUACACCUCUAGUAGACAAUGAAUUUGCAGGAGUUAAGGAUACUUCUUCAGUUGGCUUAAAGGCUACGGAAACAGCUACCACGGGACUUAAAGAACCAUUUGCUGAUACUCAAAAGUCAUUCACUGAUAAUGACUUUGCAAAUACAUUUAAUUCGAGAAGAAACACAGAUCUGAUUUCUUUCCCAACUUACUCGUUAGCAGAUCUGCAAGCUGCUACUCUAAACUUUAGCUCAAGCAGCCUUCUUGGGCAAGGAAAUAUCGGACAAGUGUACAAAGCAAAAUUUGCUGAUGGAAAGGUUUUGGCUGUCAAGAAGAUAGAGGCAUUAAAUUUAUCUGGACGUUGUUCUCAUGACUUCAUGGAAAUAGUGUCUGACAUUUUCAAGCUGCACCAUCCAAACAUCACUGAACUUUUGGGUUAUUGCUCAGAGCCCGAUUACCAAUUUUUAAUCUAUGAAUUCCAACAGAAUGGUUCUCUACAUGGAUUUUUACAUUUAUCGGAUGAUUAUAGCAGACCAUUGACUUGGGAAACCCGAGUAAGGAUUGCUCUUGGGACAGCACGUGCUGUAGAGUACUUGCAUGAGGUCCACUCCCCAUCAGUGAUCCACAAAAACAUAAAAUCUUCAAACAUAUUGCUUGAUGCGGAGCUAAACCCACACUUGGCUGACUGUGGUCUAGCACCCUUCUUUGAGGAUACAAAUGAGAACUUGGGUCCUGGAUACAAUGCUCCUGAAUGCACAAAACCUUCUGCCUAUACAAGGAAGAGUGAUGUCUAUAGCUUUGGAGUGAUCAUGCUAGAGUUGUUGACUGGCCGUAAGCCCUUUGACAGUUCUAAGCCAAGAAUAGAGCAGUCAUUAGUUCGCUGGGUAGCACCACAACUUCAUGACAUUGACACAUUGGAACGGAUGGCAGACCCUGCCCUCCAUGGACUCUACCCGCCAAAGUCAUUAUCUCGAUUUGCUGACAUUGUCGCCCUAUGUAUCCAGCUAGAGCCUGAGUUCCGGCCCGCCAUGUCAGAAGUGGUACAGGCACUGGUUCAAUGCGUUCAUUGCACUAGCAUCAACAAAAGGAUUGGUGGGGAUCUAGGCGCCUCUCGUAGAAGUGAUGAUUCUGACUCUGGAUAUUAUUGAGCAAAACUUCGAACUCUAUCGAAAGCCGGUGUAUCUAACUAAAGGCAUCACAGUCAACUUGUCAUGCUGCUGAUUGAUAUAACAGGUCCUCUGAGUAAAUAUCAAUGAACAUUGUUUCGGUUUUCGUAAGGAAUAACUUCUGUAAUCGUUGUGGAUUUUUGAGCCAUGAGCUGUAUGUAAUAUAUCCAUCUAAAAUCUUAUGACAACUUGUUUCUA